AUGCCUUCAGAUCUGGAUCUCCUUACUGACAUGGGCUUUGACCCUGAGCGAGCCAAGAUAGCGGUGUCUAAAACUGGAGGCUUACAGGGUGCACUCGAAUGGCUAGAAGCCAACCAAGAUAAGUCACUGGAAGAAAUCAAAGAGUCAGCCGAGAAGCAAUCAGACCAAGCCGGUGGAUCGGAUGAGCCCCCAGAGCUAAAACCGGGAGAAGUACCAAAGAGCCUGGUCUGCAAUGAAUGCGGCAAACGAUUCAGAAGUCAAGCACAAGCAGAGUUCCAUGCCUCUAAAACGGAACAUGUCGAUUUUUCAGAAUCAACGGAGGAGAUUGCCCCGCUUACAGAGGAAGAGAAGAAAGCCAAGCUAGAAGACCUGCGCCAAAGACUGGCAGAGAAGCGGUUGAAAAUGACUGAACAGGAUAAGAAAGACCAGAAAAGGAACGAGGAAAUCCGCCGCAAGAGUACGAAGGAGACCCAGGAUAUGAAAGAAGAGCUUCAAAAAAAGGAACAGUUGAAGGAGGCUGCGAAAAAGAAACGCGAAAAACAAGAAGAAAUCGAGGCAAAAGCACGGAUAAAAGCCAAGAUCGAAGCAGACAAGCAAGCUCGAAAGUUGAAGGCAGAGAAGGAGAAGGCAGAACGCGAAGGUCGAGUUUUGGAGGAACAAAAGUCACAGCCUGCGCCAACUGCCACCCCAGUAGCCUCGAAACCCGCUUCGGCAUAUACAGAGACUAGACUACGAUUGAUGACACCCUCUGGAAAUGUAAUCAAGUCGUUCCCUGUUGAUACAACACUCUUCGAAGUGGCAGCCGCGCUACAAGAGGAAGGUAACCAGGUGAAUAGCUUUACACAGACAUUCCCAAAAAAGGUAUUCAACCAGGAGGACUUUGGGUGUACGCUGAAGGAGUUGGGUUUUGUACCUAGCGGAAGCCUGAUUGUGGGUUGA